GUUUCAGUAAUGUCUCAAGACAAUUUAUCAGCGGUACUUUAUGGCGUAGAUGAUCUUCGUCUGGAGCAAGUUCCAAUUCCAAAGCCUGGGCCAAAUCAGGUGCUUGUUAAAGUUCACACUGUUGGAAUUUGUGGAAGUGAUGUUCACUAUUGGACGCACGGAGCAAUCGGGCCAUUUGUCGUAAAAGAACCAAUGAUCGUUGGUCAUGAAACGUCUGGGAUUGUUUCUGAAGUUGGAAAUGAGGUGAAACAUCUUAAAGUUGGUGACAGAAUUGCAAUGGAACCAGGCCUUCCAUGCAAACUUUGUGAGCACUGCAAAACUGGAAGAUACAAUUUGUGCCCGGAAAUGAGAUUCUUUGCUACUCCACCAGUUCAUGGAACCCUAUCCAGAUUUGUGGUGCACGACGCUGAUUUUUGCUUCAAACUCCCAGAUAACCUUUCAUUUGAAGACGGGGCUCUUAUUGAACCACUUUCCGUUGCGAUUCAUGCGUGUCGACGUGGAAAUGUUCAAAUGGGACACCGAGUUCUUGUUCUCGGAGCCGGUCCUAUUGGAGUUUUAAACCUCAUUACCGCUAAAGCUGUAGGAGCUGGAAAAGUAGUUAUUACUGAUUUAGAUGAUGGCAGACUUGCGCUCGCAAAGAAACUUGGGGCAGAUGCAACAAUUAACGUUAAAGGAAAGUCAUUGGACGCAGUUAAAUCGGAGAUCAUUACCGCACUGGGUGAUCAGCAGCCGGAUGUCUGUAUUGAGUGUACUGGCGCACAGCCGAGUAUCGAGACAGCUAUAACGACCACCAAAUCAGGUGGAGUCAUAGUUCUUGUCGGAUUGGGAGCAGACCGAGUUGAAAUACCAAUAAUUGAAUCAGCAACUAGAGAAGUUGACAUGCGUGGGAUUUUCAGAUAUGUAAACUGCUACCCAACAGCAAUCGAACUCAUUUCAUCUGGAAAACUAAAUUUGUCGGGGCUAACACGUGCUCACUAUAAACUUGAAGAAACACAAGAAGCAUUCAAAAGAACACAGAAGGCUGAUGUCAUCAAAGUAUUUAUUCAAUGCUGAUAAUACGAAAUUAUUAUGUAAUUAUCUUUAUUCACAAUGUCCUACUAAUGGUUUAAAACUGGAAUAAAUGAUUUAAAGAGAAUA